AUGUCUGCACAAAACACGUCCGAAACUUCCACAAGCAAGCACAACUGGUUUCUGCGCUACACAUUCAAACCAGAUCUCUAUCGCUUCCACGGCCUCACCAUCGACGAUCUGCCCUACGUCUGCAAGCGUUACAUCGAUCAGCAUCCCGCCAUCCUAGCCCAACCCGAGACAUGCACGCGCCAAUGCGCAGAGCUCAUCCUCACCCUCUGGGACGACCUUGAGGACCGUGACACUGCCAUCCUCGCCAUCCGCAGGGAGUUUCGAGCCGUCAUCCUCCAGGUCAGGGAAGUCGACAAGCUGCACGGCAAACACGCACUGCGCUUCUUCAAGGCCCGUCAGCGCGAGAUCGACGACGUUCGGGAUCACGUCAUGCAGCUGCUCAUAUCGAGGCGGAAGAUCUUGAAGCAUUUCGUGCAGCUAUUCGAUGCACUCUUGUGGGCAGAGCUUAGCGACAGAGACAACCUCACGGGAGACGAUUGCCAACGGCUCCGGUGUACGAUGCUGCAGCCCAUAAUCAAGAGAGCUGAUAGCGAGCUGCAGAAUCUGGAAAAUGCAUUCAAUGUCAUCUGGGACGAAGUCGAGCAGCUGGUACCGAGCGUCCAGGAUGCGAUAGACAUUGUAUUGCCUAAUCGCCAUGCACAGACACGGAAGGAUGAGACGCAGCCACACGAGGAGACGACGACAGACACGGAAAGCGGACGAGAGGAUCGCGAGGUGUCGUUGUUGGUGGAUGCGCAUCAUGGCAUGCACGUCCGAUUUGCGUCCCAAAGCGAUGUCAUAACCCACCCGCACUUCGUGGCGGCUGCCAUGGACGCAACACAUGAUGAGUAUAAAACCAGGAUUGACGGCCUGCCUCGGGAAGCAAUCGAUGGCCUCAUCGCCGCCGGGGUGGAGCCAUUCCAGCGAGCAAAAUCACCGCGCUACCCGUACCCUUUCAGCGGAAAGCAGAUCGACGAGCUACCUCAACGAGCCAUCGAUCACCUUGUCCUUGUCGGUAAGUCGUACGGGUUGUUCGUGCCGCCGGCCUCGCACGCCGCCGCCCAGCAGUACAGCCUCAUCACCCGACUCUUCGACACGCUCGCCGUCAUCGACAACAUCAUUGUGGCCAGCAGGCACGACGCCACCAACGUUCCGCCGAAGCGCGGCAGCCAAACGCGCACGCACACCUGGUGGCCGAGGGCGCUCCAGCGCGACGACCCACACAUCCGUCAGAUCGUGGAGCGCCUUCUCCCGGAGCGCAUGAGAGUCGUAAAGGAAUUUGUCGAAUUAUUCGACGCACUCGUGUGGAUUGAGCCGCAAGACGGCACACUCCCCGCGAGCGCUGUAGCCACCUUACGUGAUGUUUUGCUGUACCCGGUCCUCGACCGUGUGGACGGCGCCCUGACUGAUGUGCAAAGGUUUGUCGAGCGCGGGUGGAGGCCACGGCCGAAGAUCUACACUGAUCUUUGGGCCUAUCGCGCCGUCGAGGCAUUUCAGGAGGCGAGAGACAAGUACUUUGCUCCCUUGCACCGGGGCUCAACAUAG